AUGAAUUCCCCAAACCGAUUCGACAUACUGUAUUUCCUACCACGCACGAACCUCGGGUCCAGAGCCCCGACGGAGCGAAGUCGUGAAGUCGCCGCAUCAGACAGCCAGCCGGCCAUGUCAUCGACCGAAGCCGUGCAGGCCCUGCGAGAAGAAUGCGCGUGCCCGAUCUGCCUCGAGAUCUUGGACAACCCCGUCACGCUGGUGGACUGCAAGCAUACCUUCUGCUCCAAGGCGAACAACGUACUGGACAUCCUCCGGGCGGCGGACAAAGACGACGGGACACCAAAGGCGAGGCUGUGGACAGCGACGACGGGACACCUAAAGGUAAGGCAGUGGACACCACCCAAAGUCGAGGCAGAGGUAUCUGAGGCCGCAGUGCCUGAUGACCCCUGGCGUGUCGACCGCCGCGCAUCGUGGUUCGUCCGCGGCCGGAUCAACGCCGUUCUCCUGCGAACCGGCGUCCGGGACCCUGCUGGCGUCGCGGGUCUGACGCUGGCGUGUGUUGUCGUACUCAUGCUGGGAUUAAAGUACUGGUCGGCUGUGAACGCGCUGGAAAUACAUAAGAACAUUGCAAUUCUAGUCAAGUGGUGGUGA